AUGUCUGAGCGACAAGGUGUUGGUGAUCAUGGCACCAAUUCAGGAACACGGCGAAAAGGUGCGGCCACAAAGCGUGCCAUGGCAGUGGCAGCAGCAGCAACAGUGCCUCCAUGUGGGGCAUGCAAGUUCUUGAGGAGGAAGUGCAUCAGCGGCUGCAUCUUUGCGCCCCAUUUUGGCUCCGACCAAGGCGCAGCUCGCUUCGCAGCCGUGCACAAGGUGUUUGGUGCAAGCAACGUGUCGAAACUGUUGUUGCAUAUUCCGGUGAACCGCCGCCAUGAGGCGGUGGUUACCAUAUCCUAUGAGGCACAGGCAAGGCUGUCUGAUCCGGUGUAUGGUUGUGUGUCGACCAUUCUUGCUUUGCAACAACAGGUGGCAUCAUUGCAAGGGGAGCUUUCUAUGGUGCAAAAUCAGCUGAUAAAUUCUAGGUUUGCAUAUGCAAAUGUUCUUCAUCAGUGCACACAACAGCAUCAUCAUCAUCAUCAUCAUGAUAAUAAUCAGCCAAACAUGAUCAAUGUAUCUUUAUUACAACAACCAGCAUACUCCAACAAUAAUUCAUCUGCUUCAACCAAUAAUAACCUUGUGAACAUGAACACCUUCAAUAAUAAUAAUAAUAACCAUUCAGGUUUCGAGCUUGCAAUGGAGGCGGCACCAUCAUCACCACCACACAGCUUUGAGCCUCUUCGGUUGUCACAGGAAAAUAAUGACGAGGAUGAUGAGGAAGAGAGCAUCAUUAUUCCACAACUAUUCAACCAUGAGAUAGUGCUUCACCGUCAAUGA